GACGGAGGGAGUAAUUGACUAAUUUUUCUUAAACUAUAGUUACCAAAUACACGGUUUAUAAACCCUUUUUUCUAUGAACUUUUAUUUUUAUACGAACCAAAUCAAAAAUGGAAAACUAGUUUGAACAUUGUAUUUUUCAUUGGAAAAUUUCAAUGAAAACGUUUUCGCAAUUAAACGAGCCCUAAUUUAAUCAUUGUAAAAUCAUCCCUAAUCAAUUGAAUUGAACACUCAAAGGCUACACAUACACAACGAGCUCGAAAGUACGAAACUCCUUUAUCCCAGUUUCCCGGCACUGUCAACCGUCAAGGAGCUAGAAAUGGCGAUAGACUCCAUAGAGACCUCUUCGUCUCCUUCGCAAUCGCCUUCUUAUACAAUCGGUCAGCCUCGCCACUUCUACCUCGCCGUCGAUCGCCCCCCUUUCAAAAUAGAGACAUUGAUUGAUUUGCUCGGAGUAGUAGGGCGAAGAUCAGGACUUCCCAUGGUAGUGUGUUGCAGUUCUCGCGAUGAGCUUGACGCUGUUUGUUCUACCGUCUCUUCUCUUCCGUACAUUUCGCUCUCCUCCUUGUAUAGUGAUCUUGCUGAAUCAGAUCGUUCACAAAUACUUGAGAGUUUCCGCAAUGCAAUCAUCAAGUGGAACCACAAUGCUGCUGAGUCUAUAAACGGGGGUGGGAAUGGGGAAGAACCCGAAGAAGAGCCCAAGUCUCAUAUGGUAGUUGUGACAGAUGCUUGUCUUCCAAUUGCUUCUGGCGAAUCUCCUCUUCCUGCCCGUGUUCUGAUAAAUUACGAGUUGCCUGCAAAGAAGGAAAUAUAUACGAGGCGGAUGGCUGCUUGUUUAGCUUCAGUGUCUUCAGAUGGGAUUGUGAUUAACAUGGUUGUCGGGGGUGAAGUACUGACUCUAAAGAGCAUUGAAGAAGGCAGUAAUCUCAUCAUAGCUGAGAUGCCCAUACAAGUGUCUGAGAUUUUGUGACGGUAAUUCAGGUCAUCUAAGCGUUGGAUUAUUCAGGUGUAUUUUGUGAUCCUUAGCGGAAAGCAAGGAGCAUAUCCAAUUUGCAUGUAAAGGGGGCGCGCAAAAGAGCUGUUGUUUCAGUUCUGUAAUUCUGCAUAUACUUGGAACGUCUGAUUUGACUGAGCUCGUUGAUGAUACUUAUUAAAAUUGUUCAGCAAAACAGGUCAGCAGCUAAUUUCUUAAGCUUUUGAGUAAACAAACAUGAAGACAUUUCCUGAAUCCAACGUGUUGCACACAAUCUUCUGAGGGGAGAGAGAAAAAGACAGAAAGAAAGAGAGGGGGGGAAUUAGUAUAUUGUAAUUAUCUUUAGUAUUUCAAUUACUAGUAUUUGCAUUAUCUAAGUACACGUAUUCAAAGUAUAAAAUGAGUAAAAUAUGGUAUUUGGCGGCUGUUCAUAUGGAGUUUCCUGUAAUCUAGCAGGAUACUUCAGAAAAGAACUACUCCAGAUAAUCUGAGUAUUUAAAGUUUAUUUAGUGUUGUGGGUACAAAGUAAGUGUCAGAUUGAUGUCAUUGAUGACUGUAGUCUCCAAUUGUUUAUUUUUGUUGGCUAUUCAAAAUUGCUACUUUUGUAAAUCACUUCGGCAUGCACGCUGACUGUAUCCUAGUAUUUUUGCUAUUUUUGGAUGCUGUUUGAUAA